ACCACGCCUUCCAAUACAGCAAUCAUCAUCAUCGACCCCUACAACGACUUCCUCCACCCCAGAGGAAAGCUCAACGGCCUCCUUGCCGACAGCCUCAGAGAAACAGAUACCAUCACCCACCUAAAAGAACUUGUGACCGCCGCACGUCUCCACAAAAUUCCCAUCUACUACGGCCUCCACCAGCAAUGCAAAUCCGAUUUCAUCGCAGGCUGGAACCACGCAACUCCCUUACAGAAAAGUCAGAAAGAGAAUUUGGCGUUUGAGGAAGGGAGUUGGGGGGUAGAUAUCUAUGAGGGUCUUGAGCCAAGUUUGGAGAAUGGAGAUGUGGUUGUUUCGAAGCAUUGGUCUAGCAGUUCGUUCCAUAGUACCGAUCUUGAUUACCAGCUUCGACAGAGGGAUAUUACGAACCUUGUGAUGGGUGGGUUGACUUCAAAUACGUGUCUUGAGUCAACUUAUUGGAAAUACCAAUUCAACACAACUGCUCGUUACGCAUAUGAGUUUGGGUAUCAUGUUACUAUGCUCAAGGAUACCACUGCCGGCUUCACCAAGGAGCAGAAAGAUGCCGCAACCGAGAUCGUUUGGCCGUUGUUUGCACAUGAAGUCAAGACAGUUGGAGAAUGGAUCAAAACAUUAUAA